AUGUCGGUAAUGGUGAUAGCAGUAGCUACAGAAAGUGGAGUUCCGAUAUUUUCAAGAAAACGCGGAAAUAUGGAUAAUAUUCAGUUUUCAACAAUAGCGUCUUUACAUGGAAUUAACAUGUUCAGUAAAUGUCAUAACUUAUCUAUGUUAAACACAAAGUUAGAGAAUGGGUCAAUUUUGUGGAAAGAAUAUAAUAAAAGUAUAACCCUUAUAGGAAUUGCAACUGGUGGGCUGGAGUGUGAUUUAGAGCUUCUCUUGUUAUAUGUACACAACCUUAUGAUAUUCUGUAUUGGAAAAAAAGAGAUAGAGAAUCUCAAAAACUUAGAACAAGUGAAAAGGGAGUUGAGGCAGUGUUACCCCAUACUGGAUCAUCUACUAGAGGCCCUUGAUCCCAAUAGUGUUUCUCAAACUUCAAUGUUCUUAGAUCUAAUCCAAAGUAUUCUAUGUCCACAGGCACAGCAGCUACAGCAAGUAUUAGACAACUACGCAGAAAGAGUGACAGGUCGAUGGGCAUGCCUGUUUAUAUCUGGAUACCUUGUGGCUACUAGUUCAGACUUCUAUGAGCUGGAUUCAAUAGAAGCAAAGCUAUUAAUGUUACUCGCAGCAUCACAGGAUGGAGCCCCAUUGAGGGAGACCCCUGUAUAUUUACCACAGAUGAGCCCUAAUGUGGCAUUUAGGGCUGUGACAUGCAAGCUAUUGGCUGACGUCUAUGUGCUGGUUAUAUGCGGUGCCACACCAGCACUCAGUGAAAUUGAUGAGAUUGUUCUGCACUGCUGGGAGAAUUCUGCUCAACUCAUAAAAGAGGCCAAACUUAUGUACCCAAGAAACUUUCCAAUCAGUAUUACAUUUGAGCCAUGUAUUCUGGGGUUUCUUAUAGUGAAUAUUAACAGACGACGAUGUGUAUUCUCACGACAUCUACAUAGCAAUCAGAAAAGCAAGAGCAUGUCGGGAUUACAUAGAAUUGAUAUAUUGAGAACAUUCUUUGUAACUACAGCGAAGGAAUUAGCGCCUGAAUUAAAAAUUGCUGAUGAUGGAAAAGAAUGUGGUUCUCACUCCGGCCCAAGUGAAACUUACUGGUGUUCGGAGUAUCACAAAUGGCAUGCUCGGAGAGUUGGAGAUUUGCUUGCCUGUGCUCUCUAUGCACCAACAGUUCCUACACACACUAUGAGAUUACUUACAAAUCAGCUAUUACAAGAAAUUUCAUCCAGCAAGGAUGUAUAUUGGUAG